ACUCUACUAUGUUAUCGCGAUGCGAAUAUCUUAUCUACUCUAGGGUCCUUAGGUCAUGUAGAACUCAUAAUUUUACACCCAAAAGAUUUUAUUACAUAGAUGGUCCAACUGAACCUUUAUCUCCAAUACCUGGUCGAUUUCCUAAAUGGUCAAAAAAUACCGAAGAAAUGUUUGGCAGCUUAUCAGAUAAUGCGAACAUUUUUUUACAUGGCGGUGCUGCUACUCCAACUUUUUUAUCUAAGCAAAUAGUCAACUAUGCUGUGUCACAUAAUUUAAAAAACAUUAAAGUUUUUCAUAUACACACGGAAGGAGAAUAUCCAUUCACAGAGGGUGAAGCUGCUAACCAUUUUCGCUCAUCUUCCUUCUUUGUUGCAACAAACUGUAGAGAAGCUGUUUCUUCGGGAAUUGCUGAUUACAUUCCUAUUUUUCUUAGUGAAAUUCCCCUACUUUUUAGGCAAAAGCUUAUUGCUCUUGAUUAUGCUCUUAUAAGUGUAUCACCUCCCGAUGAGCAUGGAUUUUGCUCUUUGGGUACAAGUGUAGAUAUCGUAAGACCAGCUAUCCAAAACGCUAAAUAUAUAAUUGGCCAAGUAAAUAAACACGUACCAUUCACCAGGGGAGAAGCAGCUAUACAUAUUAGCCAUAUUGAUUAUUUACUUCCUUUUGAUGUACCUUUGCAUGAAACAAGAUGGCCACCAAUUACUACGGUGGAGAACACAGUCGGUAGUAUUGUUGCAGAAACUCUUGUUUCCGAUGGUGCUACGCUGCAAAUAGGUAUUUGCUUUAAGCAAAAACAUGUUUAA